AUGGGUUGUUUUUGCAGCAAGCAACGGCCACAGAUAUUUGAAGAUCCAUCUCUUCUCGCCUCUCAAUCAAGAUUUACACCUAAAGAGGUCAAAAAACUGAAUGAGCUAUUCAGAAAACUCGGCAGCACAUUAGUCGACGAUGGCUUCCUCAAUAGAGAUGAAUUUAAACUCGGAUUGUUUCAGGACAGCAAGCAGCAGUCUGUUAUUGCAGAUCGGUUGUUUGAUAUGUUUGACUCGAAGCACGAUGGCGUGAUAGAUUUCGGAGAGUUCAUCAGAUGUUUGAGCAUUUUCCAUCCUGACACGCCUCAAGAAGAGAAAGCUGUCUUUGCUUUCCAUUUGUACGAUAUAGGACAAACUGGCUACAUAGAAAAGGAUGAGCCUAUUGGGGAUAAGGUGAAGGAGAUGAUCGUGGAAUUACUACAUGAAUCGAGCUUGAUUUUGACUGAUGACAUCAUUCAAUCUAUAAUAGACAAGAGAUUUGUCGAUGACAUUUUGAUGAAAGAUGAGCACGUAUUUAAGGGUGUUUAA